AUGCAGAAUCAACUAGAAAAGAAUAAAUGGUUCAAAGGGGGCACCUGGGGCGCAGUCCCUCGUCACCACUUCCACCCAAAUUCUCAUGAAUGCUAUGCUAUCCUACAGGGUUCAUCUACUCUUCUAGUAGGCGUUGGACCUCUCGAUGACCCGGGCAUAGGAAAGACGAUCCGCGUUGAGGCUGGCGAUGCCAUUAUUUUCCCAUCAGGGGUGUCGCAUUGCUCAGUUGACUCUGAAGGUUAUCGUUACAUGGGUGUUUAUCCUGAGGGCGCACCAAAGUGGAAGAACGAGUAUUGCAAGGACUCCAGCCGAUGGGAAUCGAUAUGUAGGGAAGCACAGCAGGUUCCUGUUCCAGAGUGGGAUCCCAUACGUGGACAUCUAGGCCCGCUAUCCAGACUCUGGUCUGGAGACUCGAAGCUAGAAACAUAA